AAACACCCGUCAAAAACAUCAAAUCUCACGACAGAUUCAAGCAGAUUAAUUAAUCUGUCUACUGAUUAUGAAUCGCAAGAAGUAUCACCAUAAUACUUUAUAAGUGCGAGCUAUUAUGUUGCAACGUUUCAAAUGGUAACAAUCCACCAUAUUCUAGGAAUGUUCCUAAUAUUGACUCACCAUUCGUUGUCUUACCGAAUCCCACAUAGAAUUAAAGAUCCCGAUGACCCUUACAAUCAAGAUUACAUUUCUAAACUCAAAAUGUUACGUUUAUUAAAAUACGUGAAUCGAUUAAAUCAUGAAAAUAUCCUUGCUGAAUAUGAAGAUGAUGGUUAUCCGGAACAAAACACUAAAAAACCAGAAAAAUUUCGUUAUCAUUAUAAUAAAAAUAACAUGCAGCUACCUUCAAAUCUUAAUUACGAAAUAAUAAUUUCGGAGCCAAUCAAAAGAAAUGGAAUCCUUUUUGAUGAUGAUAAUAACAACAAUAAUAACAAAAUGAAAAGCUUAAAUUAUUACGAUCUCGACGAGUACGACGAAAACAAUGUGGGUUACGAUGACCUUAACUAUCAAAAAAUGUUCAAAAAUUAUAUCCAACGUAAUUCUGAUCAUCAACGUCAAAGGAAUGCGGUGUGUAAGAUAUGUAAAAGUAAACAACCUUGCCAAUGUCGUCAACACCCUUCUGCAAAAAAAAUCGAUACUUUAAAGAAUACCCCAAAACUAAAACCUUUAAAAUCAAGUAUUUUGUAUGAAUACUCAGAUGAAAAUGAUCUCCCUAAAAGUGAUUCCCCUCACAAUAAACAUAAACAAAAAGGUUUCCAACUAUUCAUGUUAAACGAUGAGGACGAACUUGCAUCAAGCUUCACUCAAGAUGAAAUGAGAACCACCAGAUUCAUAAAACAUUUUCAAUCUGAUGAUGAAGAUAGAAAUCAUAAAUAUCGUCGUUAUCAAGAAGGAAAUAAACAACGAAAGUAUGAUCCGAAUAUAAAAUCAAUCUAUAUUAAAAUUAGUGAUAUCCAAGAAAGUGAUAACAUAUCUCCACUUACUAUAUCACCCAAACACAUUAAAGACGUCGAUUAUUCAGAUUUUGAAAGUACUGAAAGUGAAAAAGUGGUUCAUAUCCCACCGUUAAAGCAUACAACGAUUCGGAAUGAUAUGGAUUUUGAUAAAUUAGCAACGAAGCGUCAUCAUGUACCAGAAGUUUCAUAUAAAAAUGAGUUUUCUGAUGCCGAAUUAGAAAGGGGUGAAAAUGUAGCAGUUACAGGUGAUGAAUACGAUGAGUUGAAAACAACCAAGAAUUAUGUAUCAUCAUCUACGCCGUCAUCAAGUAAUAAUGCCGAAUAUGAUGAUUAUGGAUCAUCAACUGGUGGAAAUGAUUAUGAGAAUUUUAUGAACAUUAAUUAUAAUAAAAAUGAUAUUCCUUCUUAUGAAGAUGACAGCAAUGAUUUGCUAAAAAAAUCGAAAAAAAUCAAAAACAGCGGUUGUAACGGUCCUUGUGAACCGCCAUCAAAUGAUUAUGAAGUUGAAAUCCCAUCUUCUAGUACAUGUUCGGGAUCAGCUUCUCCUUGUGGAAGUUCAUGUAACUUGAAUAAGAGCCCCUGUGGUACAGAUCCUUGUUCAAAUAAAGGGCCUUGCGGAACGCAAAAAAAUCCUUGUCCCUCACAAAAAAAUCAAUGUACUGAAAAAGUCUUAAAUAUGUUUGGUUCAAACGAUGAUAGUUUAACGCAAAAUUUUCAAAUGAAUAAUUUACGACCUUAUACCGGAAAUCAUCCAAAUUGGAACAGUUAUUACAACAAACGCCCACAACCUUCAAAUGAUCAAUCCUUUGAUCCAUACAAAUUUGAUUACGACGAAGCACGGCAAGCCCAUAAAUUUUAUUCGAGCAAUAACUACAAAUCUAACGAAAAAACAAUGCCAAAAGGCGAAUGGUUUUCAACUAAACGACCAGAUGGUUUGAUUGAUGACGAGAUUUUUAACUCAGAAAAUGACAAAAAGCAGCAAACAGCUUCUGUUCAAGAAAAUAAUUUACUACGUCAUUUAAAACAACAUAAAACAUACGAAGGAACGUCAAAAUCAACAUUAUCUUCAAACACUAAUGAUUAUGGAUUAAGUGAUUUAUCAACUCGGCCCGAUAAACGAAAUAAUAAGAAACAACGCAGUAGUAUCAAAAUUGAAGAUGAUGAAGAUUAUAAUAAUGAUAUGUUUGUUUCAACGGACAUUAUUUCAGUUGCUUCAAAAAAUAAUGGGAAAUCUCCAAAUAGACGCGAUAACAAUGAUAAUAAGGAAAAUAACAGUAGAGUUGUAAAAGAUGUAAAAAAGAAACAGCAAAGAAGGCAGGCUACAACAUCGAGUCACUCAAAAUCUAAAAGGAAGAAUAAAACUUGAAAAAUAAUUUAAUUUUAAGAAGAAAGAGAAUAUUGGGUAGCUCAAGUAAUGUUUAGAAUAAUUGUUGUAGGAAUAAGAAAAGAUUUUCUUUGUUAAUAUAACUCGUGGAAUAUA